GGGGGAAAAAUAGGCGAGACAGAAUACAGGGAGACUAAGAAAGGGUGAGCAUUAAGAUGCAUAGACAGCGAAGGUGAAGAUCUAAAAGCAGAAUCACUUUUUAUUUUACAGAGAAAACAAGAAACAGAGGAUUUCUUAUUUUUUUCUUUUCAUUUCAUUUUAAAAAUUAGAUUUCCUGUUACCUAAAAUACUCAAACGUUGCUGAACAAGGAGCGUAUAUGAAAGGAGGAGAACAAAACUAGUGCACAUUUUUGACACAAGAGUGUCAUAUAUUCAGGAGCACCGUUGUGUGCUGGGCUCAGUGCGCAAGUGUGUGCUGAGAGGAGGUGGGGGGAGGCGACCCGUGCUGUUUAAAGGGAAAAUACAAGGCACACACAAAGCUGGGAGCACAGGCAGGGAGAGGAGAGGAGUGGAGAGGAGAGGAAAAGGGAAGGUUGUGGGAAUCUGCUGAGCUAGCUGACUCUCUAACCAACAAGCCUCAUUUAUUUUUUUUAUGAUCAUCUUUAUUAUUAAUUGGGAUAUAACCCCACCGAGCCAGCACCGUCACCCUGCUGCAGCUCGCCAGCCUGAGCCUGGACACGGAAGUUGGAGGUGUUAUGGUGGCCCACAGGUCCUGAGACUGAAAAAGGAAGGACCUAACCUACAGCCAUUUGGUCUGAAGGAGAAACCAGAGAGAUGAUUGGCAGCUGAAGAGGAGAUUUAACAGAACUGUGAAUCAAUAACUCGGUGCUAACGCUGAAAGCCUGUUGGCUUUUAGGCUCCUGGUGCAGAAGUCAGGGGAGUCGGACGUAGCAGAUUCUCUCAGUGUUGGAGUGAGGCCCCCUCUGUGCUGCAGUGGAGGGCUUCACGGACACAGCUAGUCUGGCUGGAUGCAUCACGCAGUUGAGCAGUUAAGCGGCCGAGGCACACGGGACUCCUUCCCUCUGGACGGACUCAACCGGGGGCAAUGGCCUCCCGUGAACGGCCGCGCCUGGCAGCCACCUGCCAGGUGUUCGCCUGCAAUGAACCAACCGCAGCUUCCCCAUCUACCUCCAGCAGCACUAGGUGGUUUAAACCAUCACAGUAAAUACUUAAGUAACGGGCCGAUGCGAGGAGGUGAAAAGCUUGAUCUCCCACCAGCAAUGUUUCCAGGAAUGCACCGGGAGCAGCAGAGGCUUCCCCCCCAGCAUCUUCAUCCUCCCCCUCCUCCUCACAGAGUAUGGGAUCAGCAGUUCGACUCCCACCACCCCCCUCACACCCACCCGGUUCUGUCCCUACACAGCGACCACGCCAUGCGUCUAUUUAACGGCUACACGGGUAGCGGUGCACACCUUUUCAACCCACAUCUGCAUCCUAACCGAACAAACCCACUGAUGAAGGUGAGGGGUCCAUCACCGGUGGGAGAUGAGAUUUGGGCUCAGGUGCACCAGCAGAGAGGCUACCCAGGGAAGAUGCCAGGGGGUCAGCUGAAGAGACCGGGUCCUCCUCUGAUGGAGCACUCUGUCAUCCAACACACUCCUCCCGCAUCACUGCACAUACCCUCCCAUCCGGCAGCCGAGGACACCCCGAGUCCCAGCAAGAGGAGAAAGAGUUCGGAUCAGGUAUCCAACUCAGGGAUGCAUCAUUUUUCUAGCCAGUCGCCGUCUCCACCGCAGAUGCCAACUCACCACCAUCCCCCAAAGCCUGCUUUCUGGAACCCCAUUCAUAAGGACAACGGCGUCCUCUGGCAGCCCCAGACUUCUGACAGAAAACAUCCACAAGAUUAUCAGGGGAGUAAUAAACAAGGGAUGUGCAGCUACACCUCAAAGGCCUCUCCUAUAUCCUCCAGCCCUUCAAACCUCACUUCCUCUCCUCCAAACUCUUCUCCUGGAAGCUACAACCAGGGAUGUACUCCUCAGCUCCAGAAAGAUGUGCUACAACCUCAGGCUGCGAACCAUCAUUCCCCUCAUUCCUCCUACCCGAGUCCGAGCUCCAAACUGGACCUUGGCCCGUCCCGCCAGGCCGUGGAGCCCCGUGCUCUUCACAACCAGAGAAGCCCAAUCAGCGAGGGCCAAACGCCACCUACUCCAACCAGAGGAGACAAAGAUCAUCGGGUAAGAGGUCAGUCGUCACCAGCAAACGCUUCUGCAACCAGCAACAAAAAUGGCAGCGGCAGCAGUGUGCCUUACAGCCACUUCCAGCCUCACCCUGGGCUACGACACAAGGGUGCCCCCCCACCACUUCCUCCUGUCAGCAGCACCUCAGUACCUCAGCAUCAACGUGGACCCAGUGAGGCUUGGAGAUACCAGAGUGGGGCCAGCAGUCAUUCCCUGGCGUCGGUGGUCUACACGCCUCCAGGUCUGCUACCUCAACCCCAGCAGAGCCACAAUCAGGUCAUAGAUGAUCGGCUUUCAGGUCCCCCCCACCAUCACCGUCACGUCAUCCCCCCUGUGCCCCCAACCAACCCCACCCGGACGCCUGUCAUCACAACAAACAUCCCCAUGUCCCUGUCCUCCUGUGUCAGCCGCUACACCAACAGCUCAGACAGAGUUACCAUGGCUGUCUCUUCAGCGUCUACAUCUCCCCCUACUGGUUGCUCUGGGAACAGCCACACAGGUCAGAACAGUUGGAGAGGAUUGAUGGAUCCGAAGCCCCAAAGCUCCAACAGCCCUAAAACUGAAAUAGGUGCUCAGCUUCAGCCAGGUUGCCAGAGAGGUCAGGCUGCUCACCAUGAGCUCCAUAAACAUCAACACCAGGAAUCCACAAAGUCCCAGCCCACCAAGGAGAAGAUGCCAUACUACGCUCAGCCGAAGCUGGAGCAUCCUUCUCCUGUAUUUUCUACUCCUUUGUUCUCCUUUAGGGCCCCUCGGGGAGAGGAAAGUGUAAUCACAAGGAGAGAUUCAAAUCCUGUCCCCAGUUCCCCAACGACAUACUGCCCAGCUACUCUUCCCUCUAUCAACACCUCGCCUCAAGAAUCCAGACAGAAUCAUCAGCCGAACUCCUUCUCCACUCCUCAAGCCUCAACCUCUGCCCCGCAGUCAAUAGGAGACGUCUUGGACAAGCUCGACGCAGAGCUGGAGGGACAUAUGCAAGCUGAGGAGCAGCGCAGGAGAGAAAGAGAGGAGCAGGAGAGGAAAAAAGAAGAGGCAAAGCAAAAGAGAGAGUUGGAAAUAAGGCGAAAGCUGGAGGAGGAGAGGCAGAGGAAACGGGAAGAGGAGAAGAAAAGAGAGCUGGAAAAAAUGGAGAUGGAGAGAAAAAGAAGGGAGUGGGAGAAGCAAGAGGAGGAAAGAAAGAAGACAGAGUGGGAAAACAGAGAGCGAGAAAGGAAGAGGAAGGAGUGGGAGAGACAAGAAGAGGAGAGGAAGAGGAAGGAAGCUGAGAGGCAGGAAAGAAAGAAGAGAGAAAUAGAGAGGGCGAAGGAGGAGAAGAGAAGACUUGAAGAGGAGAAGAAGAUGGAGCAAAAGAAGGAGGAAAGUCUUCGCAGUGCUAAAGGAAAAGAGCAAACUGCUAUUGAAAACCUAGAGAGACUCCUCUCGGGAAAUCCCCCCACAGUGCCCCCUCCUCCUCCCCUCUCCGUUCCUGCCAACCCCUCCGGUGCUCCACCUUCCACCUCCCAGGCGUCUCCUCCGUACCCUUGGCUCAGUCGCGGUGGUGUACCUCCCACUCCGCCCGCCCAGACCCCCAGCAACCCCACAGAGAGGCUCCGCCCCCCUCCACUCACACCUCAGACUGAGUAUGCUAGAGAGAAGCAGCGGCAGAGGGAGAUGUGGAGCAACGGCGGCACCGUCGCAGCAUUUAAUCCCACAUCAACACUUGAUACCUCAGGGAUAAACCAGCCCAUAUAUCCCAACAAGCCCCCAGCAAUGCAAGCUGCACCCAACCAAUCCAAAGACUCCGGCAGGGAUAGAGACCACCACCAUCUCCCUACUUUGGCGAUUCGAGAGCCGCCCAAGCUCUAUCAGGCAUUUUCUAGAGAUAGCCUCCCCCUGCCACCUUUAUCCUCAAGCGCUGCCUCUGCCAGGGGGAUCAACAACACACAGUCAACUGAACGGGGCACGGAAAACGCUGGCGCCCAGUCCGACAGCGCUCAGUUUGAGGAGGAGCCCUCUGAAAUGGCCACCAUGCUCCCUGACGGUCUGGCUAACAUUAUGGCAAUGCUGGAUGAAUCGAUUGAAAAAGAAGAGGAAAUGUUUAUCGGUGAAAAGAAGGAGCCAGCGGGUCUCAUCCACAACUUCAUCCCAAGCACUGACCCCAUCAAGAGCUACCUGUGCGCCCCGGAUCUGAUCCCAGCCACUAAGCAUCAGCCUCACCAGGAAGAUUUGAGAUCUAACCCCAGCCCCCCUGUACUUAGCCGCCAAGGCUCUCUGGCAUCACCUUGCAGCCGAACGUCUUCCCUCGAGGAAGAGGAGGACUACCAUAAGGCUUCUCUGCAUGUUCCUCUGAGCCACGGAAAGCCAACUGUAAAGAUGGAAAUGGGAGUAGGGAACACAAAUUACCGCCACAGUGACCUGGCCAAACUCUACGGCUUCCCAGAGCAGACCAAAAGCGAAGCUGAUGAUGAAUCUGAAGAGGAUUCUGAGACGCCAUCUUGUUCUCCGCCACCCCAAAGACCCCAUCUCCAUCAGACGGGGGUGAACAGUAUGUAUAAGGCUAAAAAAACAGAGCUGGACAGCCAGAAGUAUGCCUAUCGAGGCGGACCUUUCGGGAGACCGCCUCCUUCAGCUCUGGUUGGCAUCAAAUAUUCUUCCUCGCUGUCACUAGGCCCCGAUAUCUGCCGUCAGCAGCAAGGCAGUUCUCCUACAUCUGAUUCGACAAGCCCACCAUUCAGCCCGGCUGUCCCACAACAGAAAUCCUUCCCUGAGUCACUGCUGGAGGACAAGAAACUAAAAACGGAGGACAGCGAUGUCUGGACGGACGAGGGGGAGAUGGAAGAGAGGCCAAACUCUCCUGAAGAGAGGAAGACCAUAAAGCCCAUCAAGGUGAUAAAGAAUAAACACAAACUGACCACCAUCUCUGAGUCUUCUCUGAAGGAGCUGGGGAAGAGCUGCGAGGUCAUGCUGCGUCGAGAGUUGCUCGAUCGACCCGAGCACCGUAGCAAGUCCAAGUACCGACACAAGCCUGAGAAAGAAAAGGAGCGCAACGACAAGAAAAGGAAGCACGGUCACAGCAGCAGGAAGCAUGAAGACAAAAAGGAAAGGAAGAAGCACAGAGAGAAGAGAGACGACGCCUCUUCUUCCUCCUCUUCGUCCAGCUCCGGCCACAAGCGCCACAGAGAUGGCAAGAGCCACAAAGAGAAAAAGGACCGCAGAAUCCUGGGGGAUCUCAAUUUCCAGAGGCGGGAGUCUGAGAAGGACAGGGCUGGUUGCGAAUCAGAGAAAAAGAAACGGAAAGACGGUAGCUCUUCUGGGGAGCGUGUAGAAUGGACCUCCAGUUCAGGGGAGACGUCUUCCGAGCACAGGAACGGCACAGACAGCGGCUCCUCUUUGGGCUCCAAAGACCUGAUGAAGUUAAAGGCGCUGUCGGACGGUCCGCCCAAGGAACUGAAGAUUCGCCUCAUAAAGGUGGAAAGCGGCGACAGAGAGACGUUCAUCGCCUCCGAGGUGGAGGAGAAGAGAAUACCUCUAGCAAAAAUCAGCAUCAAGAACACUGCAAGCGAAAUUAUCCGCUCCUGCAAGGCGGCUCGUAUCAAAGGGAAAUUUAAGGAAUCGUAUCUGCUUCAAGCCUUCUCCGUCAAACCCAUAAUAAGCACAAAUGAACCCAUCCCUAGAGAGAAACUCAACCCUCCUACACCCAGCAUCUACUUGGAGAGCAAGAGAGAUGCUUUCUCUCCGGUUCUGCUGCAGUUCUGCACAGACCCAAAGAACCCUGUUACGGUCAUCAGGGGACUGGCUGGAUCUCUUCGACUCAAUUUGGGACUUUUUUCCACAAAGUCUCUGGUGGAGGCAAGCGCAGACCAGGCCGUUGAGGUGAGGACUCAGGUGCAGCAGCCCGCAGACGAGAACUGGAAUGCCACCGGCACCGGUCAGACUUGGCCCUGUGAGAGCAGUCGCUCCUACACCACCAUCGCCAAGUAUGCCCAGUACCAGGCUUCCAGCUUCCAAGAGAGUCUACAGGAGGAGAAGGGCAGCGAGGAGGAGGACGAAAACGAGGAGAAGAAGCCGCCUGUUGGUGCUGAUGCUAGCAAAGAUGGCUCCAAAGAGAAUAACAAUGGAGAGCAGAAAGCUGUUGGGAAGAUCAUCAAAUUUGGGACCAAUAUCGACCUCUCUGAUCCAAAGAGGUGGAAGGCCCAGCUUCAGGAGCUGCAGAAGCUUCCAGCAUUUAUGCGCGUAGCCUCUAGCGGGAACAUGCUAAGCCAUGUUGGACACACCAUCUUGGGCAUGAACACCGUCCAGCUCUACAUGAAGGUUCCCGGUAGCAGGACGCCUGGUCACCAGGAAAAUAAUAACUUCUGCUCAGUUAACAUCAAUAUUGGCCCAGGAGACUGUGAGUGGUUCUCUGUGCAUGAAGACUACUGGGAGGCAAUCAACGACUUCUGUGAAAAGCAUGGAGUGGACUACUUGACAGGGUCCUGGUGGCCGGUGUUGGAGGACCUGUACAACGCCAACAUCCCUGUUUAUCGUUUCAUCCAGCGGCCCGGAGACCUGGUGUGGAUCAAUGCUGGCACUGUCCACUGGGUGCAGGCUGUGGGAUGGUGCAACAACAUUGCCUGGAACGUGGGACCUCUCAACGGCUACCAGUAUCAGCUGGCUCUGGAGAGGUUUGAGUGGAAUGAGGUGAAGAAGGUCAAGUCCAUCGUUCCUAUGAUUCAUGUUUCCUGGAAUGUGGCCCGCACCAUCAAGGUCACUGAUCCAGACACCUAUAAAAUGAUCAAACACUGCCUGCUGCAGUCCAUGAAACACAUCCAGAUCCUACGGGACCAACUGGUAGCUGAUGGGAAGAAGAUUUCCUAUCAGAGUCGGGUCAAAGAUGAGCCCGCUUACUACUGCAAUGAGUGCGACGUGGAGGUGUUCAAUUUGCUGUUUGUGACGUGCGAGAACAGCAGCAGGAAGACGUAUGUGGUUCACUGUGAAGACUGCGCCAGACGGCGGACCCCCAACCUGAACAACGUGGUGGUGCUGGAGCAGUACCGCAUAGAGGAGCUCAUGAACACAUACGACUCUUUCAUUCUGCAUGCGUCGUCCUCUCGGUGACGGAGCCCUCCCUCCACGUCUCCUCAGCCAUAACCAAAACUCCUGCGUCGCCAGGACAAAAGACAGUCUUUUCAGGCCCACCAUUUCAUUAUUAUUUUUGAAUUGCUACUGCUACGAAAAUGCUUAUCAGCCAGCUGAAUACGUUUACUUGUUACUGUUUACAGAAUCAAAAGAGAAAAAAAAAAAGCCGCUAAAAAAAAAAAAAACCCGUUUACUCAGAUGGUGCUUUGAAGCAGAAACCCCGUGGGCGGGGCAGCUGGUGCUGCCAUUGAACAAACUGUGGACAAUAAAACGUUUCAAUGGCGCAUUUUUUUUUUUUUCGUCUUGAAUACUGAAUUUGUACAUGGUGUUUGAAAACUUUGUGGGGUGCUGUCUUUUUUUUUUUUUCUAUAUAAUUUGUUUUUCUAAACUAGAUCAGUCUAGAUAUAUACCACAUUGGCCUUGUAUUUAGCAAAGAAAGAAAAUGAAAUUACUAAUAAUAGAGAUAUGAACAUUUUUCUAAAGCAUUAAGUAUUUUAAAAAUGUUUGGAAUGCUUCAAAAGAUACGGGUUUUAGCAGGUUUUUUUUUUUAAAGGGGGGGUCAGUUGUUUUUUUUUUCCAGAUGCUUGUAUUUGUUGUAAAUCUUGUUUCUAUUGAAUUAUACUUUAUUUCCUCUGGAGAUUAAUACUCAGCUGUCACACAUCAUCAGGUCUCUUGUUCUGUUUUUUUUCUAUCUCUGUAUGAACUUUGUCCAGGAAAAAAAAAAAAGAACUCAUCAUCUGGUGUGUGCUGUUCUUCUGUUUCAGUAUGCAGUUAUUGUUUGUUUUUUUUCUUUUAGCAAUUGUACAUUUAAUUUAAAAUGCUUUCUCUAUUUAUUGGAUAUUAAUGUUCUCCCUUUUGGACGAAUUGUACAUUUAUUUUUCGUCCUGAUCGGACACGGUGACUGCUUUGUAAGAACUGAAACUUGGAGGUAUCUCUGUGGCGGUGGAGGGUGCUGUUUUUCCUGGUGCUUGCCUCUCAACCUCUGCCUUUUCUCUCCUGAUAUAUAUUGAAUCGAAUCUUUUAUCUUGAAUAUAACACCACCUUUCCUGUAGAAGAUAGACACACUGCUCAUGUAGAGAAGAUGACUAAUGGAAUGCUGUGUUUGUAUUCUGAUAAAGGAAAAAAAAACAUUUUUUUUCCAGAAAGUGUUUUGAGAAAUCUUUCUUUCUUUUUUUUAUACUACGUAGGGGGCUUUUAGAUGAGAUUUUUAUGAUAUUUGUUGAAUAUGAUAAUGGGAUAGAUGGUGCUAAAUGUUCUCUUUUGAACAACCUUUUUUUUUUUCUUUUUUUGUCCUCUUUAAAUGAAAAAAAUCUAUUUUUCCUGUUGCAAUAUUACCUUUUCCUUCUCUUUGUGGUCAUUUAUUUAUAACUGCACUGUUUUAGCGAAUUCACACAGACCUACUUGCAGACACACACACACACCAAACUGAGCCAGACAUGUCUUAAACACUUGUGAAUUUGUGUGACAUUACUAUGACUAUUAAUUAAAUAAACACUUGAUAAAUCCAGACAAA